UCUUUUUUCUGUGAUCUAGUUGUGGUGAGCUGCUCAUGAGGAAAGGAGUUAAAGCACGAUAGUUUAAGCAUCUACGGUGAUCUUUAUGACAUAAGACAUUCAUCUUAUUGAAUUCUAAUUUUGUAUUUUAUUGAAGGCUCACUUUCAUUUUAUUAAGACUCAAGCUCCUAUGAGGGCUCAAGGCGUGACUCAGAGAGCCCACGUCUCGCCCAGGCACGGGUUUAUACAUCACUACUAUUGCCAAUUAAGGCGCCUACUUGAAAACUGUGGUAAGCCCAGUAUAAAAGGUUCGAGUGGUGAUUAAUGCGUUUCAGUAAAGAUGUUGCGCUUCGCAAUAACAGUCAGUGUAAUACUGACGGCAGCGGAGUGUUCCGUGGUCGUCACGACCACAGGCCCCGUGCGGGGGACGCUCGUGGAAGGAGAACAAGUUUCGUACUACGCCUACUUGGGAAUACCAUAUGCAGAAAGCCCAGAAGGAGAAUUACGUUUUAAGCCCCCUAUUCCCAAAAAACCAUGGACUCAUAUUUUCAAUGCAACAGAGGAAGGCCCGGUGUGCCCGCAGUCAGAAGGAAAAAAGUACACAAGAGAUCAAAUGAGCGAAGACUGUUUAUCCCUUAACAUUAUGGUACCGGUGAACAGAACGCGGCAAGCUCUGCCUGUCUUCGUGUUCAUUCAUGGAGGGGGUUUCAAAUCUAAUGCCGGAGAUAUCGACAUGUUUUACGGACCCAAUUUUUACAUACAACGAGACAUUAUUUUCGCAACGAUUAAUUACAGGUUAGGAGCAUUAGGAUAUCUAUCACUCGACACAGAAAAUGCAGCUGGAAACGCCGGUUUAAAAGACGCAUUAUUAGCUUUGAAAUGGAUUAAAGAUAAUAUACGGAGAUUUGGUGGAAGCACAAUAACUAUCGGAGGCCAGAGUUCAGGCUCAGCUAUGGUCCACUACCUAUUGUUGACAGAAAAGUCCACGGGACUCUUUGACCGCGCUAUGUUAAGCAGUGGAAGCGCCACGAAUUUUAGAUUUUUAGCAAAAGAUCCAAAAGCGAAUGCUCUUGCUCUCGCUGAACAACUAGGAAUCUCAAAUCACAGUAAUAUUGAAGAUAUUUUAAAAAAUCUUACAAUCGCUGAUGCAUUCGAUAUUGUUGAUGCCCAAGAAAAUAUUUACAAAAAUAAUCGAAACCCAAUGAGGCCAUUUAGUCCGUUUGUGCCGAACGUGGAAAAAGAAUCAGACCACGCUUUUAUAACAAAGCGUCCAUUGGAUAUAGUAAAAAUGGGAAUACCACAAAAUGUACCAAUAUAUGCGGGUAUGAAUGCACUUGAAGGAGCUUACAUGUGGCCUAGUCUUCACAAACUGUCAACCGACGACUUGAAGAGUAAAGUCCCUCUCUGUAUACCACCUGACAUAGAGUAUCCUGAUGACUCGGACGAGUACAAAGACUUGGUGGAUUCUAUGAGCGAGUUAUAUUUUGGCAGUAAAGACUUAUCCAACUGGACACUUACAAAACUGUUUAACCUAGUUACAGAUACCCAAUAUGCUCGCACUGUUGACUCCUGGAUAAGAAUCCAUAAAAAGAGGCAUAACAGCGCACCGUUAUAUUACUACGUUUUUGAUUUCGAUGGGGAUUUAAAUUGGGGUAAACUAACUUUCGACAUAGACUUUCCUGGCACUGUACAUGCAGAUGAUUUAGGGUACUUCUUCGUGACUAACAUCACUGCGCCAAUACUGAAGACUGCAGAUGCUAGAAGUUUAAAAACACUGCAUAAUAUGGUGACAUUCUUAACGCAUUUCAUUAAGUACGGUGAUCCAUCUCCAAAAGGAUAUGGCGGCAAAGUGUUUUGGCCUGAGUCUGGAAAACAUGGUCGUCACCUUGUGAUUGAUGACUGUCCAAAAAGGGUCAUGAAUGGUCCCUUUAAAGAGAGGUUUGACUUCUGGGAGAAUGUGUACAAUAAAUAUAACAAAUAUAUUAACAAGAACAAUGUCGAACAAACAGUUUAGAAAAUACUAAACAGCGUCAGCAAAUUAGAAUAAGGGCUGAUUUUUCAAUGGUCGGAUAACUUUUAACUGAAGAAUAAGUUUGGCAUAUUGACAGUUUUAGUAUGGGAAAUAUGUCAAAAUGACGAAGUUAUUCUUCACUUAAAAGAUAUCUGACGAUUGAAAAAUCAGCCCUAAGUCAUUAAAAUACUGCAUUUAUUUGCCUCAGUUACCUGAUACUAUAGUAAUGUGUUAUAAUAAAAUUGAUGAUAUGAAUGAAUAAAGAUAAAAUAUGCAAUAAUAUAGCAAGCCAUUUCUUUUGUAACAUUAUUACCACUAAUUACUACAAGUAUUAAACUAUUAUAAAAAGCUUACUUGAAUAAAAAUU